GGGCUGGGAGCCGGAAGUCAGAGUCCAGCGGCGCAAGCGCAGCGCCUGGGCCGGCUGUGUUGUGCUAGCCUCUCCUUUCUGAUCCCCGCCGGAAGUGGAGGAAGAAAGUCUGCAAACUUGAACCUACGUGCUUUCAACUGGUUAUCAUGAUGAAACUUAGACACAAAAAUAAGAAGCCAGGUAAAGGUCCCAAGGGAUGCAAGAAACCUCCAAAGCAGAAUAUGAAGAAACCAGCCUCCAAAAUGUCUUCUGCUCCUCAGUUUGUUCAUCCCAGUAAGCAUGUUUACUGGGAGACAGAAUUAAAGAAAAAGAGGGUUGAGGAUAUGAGGGAAAAGCAGAAGAUUGCCCGGGAGCAAGAGAAACACAGACGCAGGACCAUGGAAAGUUAUUGUCAGGAUGUCCUGAGACGCCAGGAGGAGUUUGAGCGCAAGAAGGAAGUUAUGCAGGAAUUAAAUAUGUUUCCUCAACUGGACGAUGAGGCUACAAGGAAGGCUUAUUAUAAGGAGUUCCGUAAGGUGGUAGAGUACUCUGAUGUGAUUCUGGAAGUCUUGGAUGCGAGGGACCCAUUGGGCUGCCGGUGCUUCCAAAUGGAGGAGGUUGUCCUACGGGCAGAAGGCAAUAAGAAGCUAGUCCUAGUCUUGAACAAGAUUGACCUGGUCCCCAAGGAAGUUGUAGAGAAGUGGCUGAAUUACCUACGAAAUGAACUGCCAACUGUGGCUUUCAAGGCCAGCACUCAGCAUCAAGUCAAAAACCUGAAUCGUUGCAGUGUGCCAGUGGAUCAGGCUUCUGAGUCAUUGCUGAAAAGCAAAGCGUGCUUUGGAGCUGAAAACCUCAUGAGGGUUUUGGGCAACUAUUGCCGCCUUGGUGAAGUGCGCACCCAUAUCCGUGUGGGUGUUGUGGGUCUUCCCAAUGUUGGGAAGAGCAGUCUGAUCAACAGCCUGAAGCGCAGCCGUGCGUGCAGUGUUGGAGCUGUUCCUGGGAUCACCAAGUUUAUGCAGGAGGUCUACCUAGACAAGUUCAUCAGACUGCUGGAUGCACCAGGCAUUGUCCCAGGACCCAACUCAGAGGUGGGCACCAUUCUUCGUAACUGCAUCCAUGUGCAGAAGCUGCUGGACCCUGUGACCCCAGUGGAGACCAUACUGCAGCGCUGCAAUCUGGAGGAGAUUUCCAACUAUUAUGGCAUCUCUGAGUUCCAGACCACUGAGAACUUUCUGACAGCAGUGGCCCAGCGCUUGGGGAAGAAGAAGAAAGGAGGCAUAUACAGUCAGGAACAGGCAGCAAAAGCUGUCCUGGCUGACUGGGUGAGUGGGAAGAUCAGCUUCUAUACACCCCCACCUGCCACCCACACUCUGCCUGCCCAUCUCAGUGCUGAGAUUGUUAAGGAGAUGACUGAGGUCUUCGACAUUGAGGAUACCGAGCAGGCCAAUGAAGACACCAUGGAAUGCUUGGCCAAUGGAGAAUCUGAUGAACUGUUGGGUGACAUGGACCCACUCGAAAUGGAUAUCAAAUGGCUCCAUUCUCCGCUGGUGAAAAUAGCAGAUGCCAUAGAAAAUAAAACCACGGUUUAUAAGAUUGGAGAGCUCACUGGGUAUUGCACCAACCCAAACCGUCAUCAGAAGGGGUGGGAUAAGCGCAAUGUGGACCACCACCCCAGAAACAAUGGCAUAAUACACACCUGCCCGGUAGACUACCGCCCAAUGCUGCAGAAGAUCAUGGAAACAGACCCCCUACAGCAGGGCCAGGCCCUGGCAUCUGCCUUGAAGAAUAAGAAAAAGUUGCAGAAGCGUACAGAUAAACUCGCCAGCAAGCUGUCUGAUUCCAUGAUGUCUGCCCUUGACCUCUCUGGCAAUGCUGAUGACAGUGCCGGUGACUGAUGUACUGUUCCUACUGCCUCCCCACAUUUAAGUUCAGUUAGAUGGGGGAAUACCGAAGAAAAGAACCGGUUUGCAUCUCCCUGAAGCGCCUGCAUAUUAAUAGAACUCCUAACCCCUUUCCUCUAUUCUUCAAGAGGAAUGAAAGCAUGUGUCCUCAGUGGCUAUAACUGGUAAACCUUCAUUUAAUCCCAUUUGUGUUUUGCAAGAAAAAUAAAAGAAACUAUCAGCAGAUCUCUGA